CGGCCUUUUUUCCGAUUCUUUUCCCCAGGUUUCUGCUGACUCCAGGGUUCCCCUCCCUCUCCGGUACUUUCGCUUUCCGGGUUUGGAGUGCGGCUGUUACUCAGCGCAGAUAUCCCAGGUGUCCGCGCAGGGGGUCGCCUGGCUUUGCGCUCCUCCUUCCCCCGCGCCUUUCGGCGAAGCCCUUCCAAGCCCCCUCCCACGCUUCCUCCUCCGCUCGGCUCGGGGAGCAACUCGGCUCUCUUUCCUGUUUGGGCAAGCCGAGCGGCUGCAGCAACCAGGGUCCUCCUGGUUUUCCCCUCACGCCACUCCGAGCCGAGCUGUCCCCCCCCCCCCUCCGCUUUUUCUGCGCCUUCCGCGAAGCAGCCGCCCGCCGAGCAAAAAAGCUCCCCUUGGCCGCUGAGGCGCAAUGGACCUGUGGCGCCUCCUCUUCGACCCCUUGACCAGCUGCAGCCCCCAGACGUGAGUUGCGGCUUCUCUUGGUGGGCUUGCUUUUUUAUUUUUAUUUUUUGGCAUCGGAGGCUGAGCUUUCGGGGCGGGGGGAAGCUUUUCUUUUCUUUUGGAUGCAGUUGGCUUCUGCCCGGGCGAGCUCCUCACUGAAGAGCGCGAGAUGCCUUUCCCCAUGAGGACGGUGGCGCCCCUCAAGCUGCACCACUUAGAAGAGGAUGUGGCCGCUCCGACGGACAAAGGAGGGCAAGCCGGGCGAGCAGGCGGCGGCGGCGCGGGACUUCUCUUUGGCUCCCUGGAGGAGGUCUGCUCGUACUCGCUGGUCUGCCUGCUCUGGCAGCUCUCUGACCUCUCCCGCUGCGCCAGCGAAGUCUUCGGCGGGAUCCAGGAACAAGCCGACAGCCUGGGGCGUCGUAGUGCCCACCUCCAGCGCCGCUUGGACGGCCUCCGGUCUCUCGCCUCCCGCUUGGAUCACCGCAAAGUCAAAAUCCCUGUCUCCAAUCUAGAUGAAGAGAGUAGAUGGACUGUCCAUUACACUGCCCCCUGGCAUCAGCAGGAGAAUGUGUUUCUACCUUCCACAAGGCCACCAUGCGUGGAAGAUCUGCACCGUCAAGCCAAAUUGAAUCUGAAAUCAGUACUAAGAGAAUGUGACAAGCUCCGGAGAGAUGGCUGUCGAAGUUCCCAGUACUAUUCUCAGGGUCCAACCUUUUCCUCCUCUUCCAGUGCAAUAUGUGUAAAUUACCAAGAUGAUUAUGAAGAAGUUGAACCAAAGUGUUCAAUACCUACUCCUGAAGAAGAAAAACUUAUUAGCAUCAAGAGUCCCAAAACACCUGUUUCAAAUGAGUUACCUGACAUUAACACUCAAACAAAUUGGACCAAAUCACUUCCACUGCCAACACCGGAAGAGAAAAUGCGACAGCAGGCACAAGCAGUCCAAACCGAUAUUAUACCUAUUAAUGUUACAGGGGAGAAUUUUGACCGCCAAGCCAGCAUACGGAGGUCUCAAAUUUACACAGACACUGUGGUAAGGCGGCCGAAGAAAGCGAAAAGGAGAAAGACUAUUACAGGAGUCCCUGACAACAUCCAAAGAGAGCUAGUUGGCACUGUUCAGAAUGACUUUCGUAGCCACUCCUUAUGUGUCCCAGAUCACUAUUCCACCUUAGGAAGACUUGAUAGCUGUCGUUCUGCUAUGUUGAGAUCUGAGACCAAGGACUCUAGUUGUCAGACAGAGGAAGUAAAAGUGGUGCCACCUUCAGUGAGACGAAUACGUGCACAGAAAGGACAAGGCAUUGCAGCCCAGAUGUCACAGUUGUCCAGCUCUUCUGGAAACAUGUCUGUGUUGAGUGAUUCUGCAGGGGUUGUGUUUGCUUCUCGGCUUAACAGUGACCUAGGUUUUCACAGUCUACCUCGUUCAGGAGCAAGGGUGUCCUUGCAAGUACUGGAACGGAGGCAUAGCAUCUCUAAGUCAGCAGAUGAUGGAGCUAUGUCACACCAGAUAAGCAAUUUCCACGUGGAUAGUAGUGUUCACAUGAGGAGCAGCAGUAGGACAGGAAUGCUUCAGGGGUCAAAAUCUGAAGAGGUAAGGAGUUUUGAAAGUGAACUGGAAGAAAACACAGCAGACAUGGUCUCUGCACAUGCUGCGUACUCAAACUGUGUCAUACCAAAUGCAACCCUACCAGCCUCUUCAGAGGUGAUUGUUAUUCAUACUACACCGAAUGUUCGAUCGCAGGAUAAUAAAAUCAUAAACUCAUCUUCCUAUACAAAGCCUAGAGACAAUCUUAUUGCCAACAGCAUGGUAAGCACAAAAGAUCAAGACCAUUCGUCAAGUAGCUGGAACAAGACUGCUUCUACACAGAACUCACAGUCCCUAGACACUAUCUCAUCAAAUCCUAUUGCGGUGCUUGCUCUAGGAGAUUCAGGAGUGUCACUUAGUGGUGCAGAAGGUAUGGAGAAUGGGCCCCAAAAUAUUACCUACAGCUUUAGGAAUAAUCUCAGACCAAGUCAUUCUCAGGACAAACAUAUUCAGAGUGAACCCAGUUACUCUAUGGAUAAAACACAGGGCAUAGAUCAGGACAGUAUAAAGCACUGUGGCUUCAAACCUUCAAGAAACAAAGAGGUAGCCUUACACAAGCCAAAUUGUGCCACUCCGGGAUGCACCACACCUGUGACCAAUUUGAGUACCAGCAGCCUUGAACAAGCCACAGCCAAAGAGGACUCAGCCUCUUUGUAUUCAGUGGACCAUGAUGGCUAUUACACGUCUAUGCAUAUGGACUCAGGUCUCAAGUCUGGUAAAACCUGUAUGAAUAAUACUGGCUUUGGGAACCCCAGGCAUAGUGUGAUUAAUGUGUUUGAUGGAAUUGAAAAGAGAUCACUGGGAGACUUGUCAAACUGUAGUGACAGAUCCCUCUCACGGAGCAUAUCCUUAAAAAAAGCAAAGAAACCACCUCUACCACCAUCCAGAACGGACUCCCUCAGAAGGAUCCCCAAGAAGAAAGCUCAGUCCAGUGGGCAAGUUCUGGAUGACACACUAAUUGCUAGCCUCCAGCACUCCCUGCAAUUGAACCUUAAGUGUAAAAAUGGUGGCUCCCCAUCUCAAAGCCCUUGCAGUGAUUACGAUGACCCGUGGGUGCUGCGCUCUCGUAGCCAGAGCUCUGUGAGUGCCAGCAGCAGUGUGAUGUCUUCCACAGGCCUGAAUAUGUACUCCAUCUGUGCUGUGACACCUUCCCAGAGUGAGACAAGCAGCAUCAAGUCAGAGUAUGCUGACCAGUGGGGUUACUGUAGUGACUGCCCUGGGAUCCCGGAUGAUCGGUUAAAAUCUCCAGUGGUUCAUUCUGCACCCAAGCUGAAUGAUUAUAGCAUCAGCCACCUGAAUAAUGGAUCACGCACUUCUGUACCUCAGGUGCCCAGUGGGGUGGCCAAACCGAAAAGCACUUCUCCUGAUAAGUCUCAUAGAGUUACAUCCCCAUCUAGUGGUUAUUCCAGCCAAUCCAAUACACCCACAGCACUUACACCUGUGCCUGUUAUUUUAAAAUCUCUGACAACAGGAAAUGGGAAGCCCAAGGUGAAACCUAAAGUGCCUGAAAGGAAGUCUUCCCUGUUGUCUUCUGUUUCAGUGUCUUCCUCCUCCACAUCUCUUUCUUCCAAUACAUCUACUGAAGGGAAUAUGAAGAAAUUGGACCAUGCAUUUUGCUUCCCUCUGAUGACUCCUUCCCUAUUAAUGUCUCCAGAUUCUGCUGAUCAUCUUCUUCCUCCCCCUCCUCCCCCUUUAACAGAUGGCAUGGAUCAAUCUCACCGAUCAGCAUCUCCCAGUUUCCCGCCACCUCCACCAGAAACAGUUAUGUAUACAUCUUUUUCUCAGAGUGAUGCGUGGUUUCAUUUUUCACCUCAAAAUGAAUUAGUCCGUGAUUUCUCUCCCUUGUCACCCACAAUUCCAUCUCCUCCUCCCCUUCCUUCCUCAGUUCCUCCGCCAGCACCACCUCUGGACCCAAAGCUUGCAAAAGGUGCACAUAAGCAAGCUCCUUUCAUGAAAUAUCACCCAGAAGGUACUCCUUGUAGCAUAAGGGCACAGCCAUUCAGUAAAGAAGAUUCUGUGAAGCCUACAAUGCCUCUAGUAACCACCCAAGUGCUUCAAAUGGUGCAGUUGAGGUCUGUGAAGAAAGCUGUGAUGUCAGAGGUUGACCAACUAGUUGAAACUACUUCUGAAACCCACCCUCAGGAAAUAAUUACUGAAGUUUUUUCAGCACAUUCACCUUUAAAAUUGUGUGUGUCAGCAAGACACAACACCAGUCAGGAUAAAGGUGAGAUGAAAAUCCAUGGUGCUUCUGACAAGAGAUCUGUUUACAUUCCUAGCCAGAGAUCAUGUAGCAAUACCCCUGAACUUGCCAAUGACAGAAUAUCUGGAAAUGAAGCCAGUGGAGCUCAGCUUUUUGCUAGUGAUUUACUACCAGCGAGUAUUGAAGGAGCGCUGUUACAAAAGGAAAGUUCUCGCUUUGAUCUUGAAAGUUUGCCACUUCAGGGGCAGUUGGAAUCACCCAGCAAACCUCAGGGUAUAUUGCCAAACAAGAAACCACCACCUGUUUCAAAGAAGCCCGCACUGUUCCUGAUUGUGCCACCCCCACAGCCCGAUGUUGCUGCAGAAAAAAUAGCUGAAGUGAGAGAAACAGGCAGAAGCACUCUAAGUCUGCCUACAAGGGAUGCUGCCGUUGCACAGUUCAGCGAGGCUGAGGAUUAUCCUGCCGAUAGACUCUGCUCCUAUGAAAUGGACUCUGGCAACCUGGGUCCAGAAGGAGAAGCGGCAGGUUCCGCCUUGUGUGAAACAGAGGAAACCAGCUUCUUGCCACUGCUGCCAAAGCAGGAGGAACAGUCUGGCUUGUGGAAAGGAAGCAGUUCUGACAGAAAUGGAGAUAGCAUCUCUAGAGCAGAUGGACAGCCAUCUCCAGGGGCUGAAAUUGCUGAGGUGUUUAACUCAGAUGCAGCCAACAGUUUUUUCCUGCAAAGCCUCAGCUAUGGGGAAGGCAGCGAUGCUGCGCCCAUGCCAGCAAGACCAAGAACGACUGAGGAUCUUUUUGCAGCCAUUCACAGAUCCAAAAGGAAAGUCCUUGGCCGCAAAGACUCUGAUGAUGACCGUGCUCGAAAUCAUUCUCCAUCACCCCCAGUUACACCCACUGGUACUUCCCCAACUCUGCCUUCCCUCAAGCAGGCAGGAUCAAUUCAGAGAAAUAUCCGCAAGAGUAGCACCAGCAAUGACAACUUCAAAGCACUGUUGCUUAAAAAAGGGAGUCGAUCAGAUAGCAGCUCUCGCAUGUCAGCUGCAGAAAUGCUGAAGAAUACAGACCCACGAUUUCAAAGAGCCAAGGUAGACAGUUCCGGGGAUCUUCCAGAAAGUACCAUGAACUGUUCUCCUACCAAGAGCAGGCGGGCUCAGGAGGAGUGGGCAAAGAGUGAGGGCCUCAUGCCAAGAAGCCUGUCUUUUUCCAUCAGCAGGCAUAGCCGAUCUCGAACCCCACCGUCUGCCGCUAGCAGCAAGUACAAUGUUCGAAACCGGAUCCAGAGUAGCCCCAUGACCGUUAUCAGUGAAGGAGAUGUGGAAGUGGUUGAACCUUCAGAAAGCAGGACUUGUUGGACUUCAGAGGGGUCGCUUGAUGUAUUUAAUGUUGAUGAAAUGGACAUUAAUGAAGAGGUGUGCUCCAGUGAAAAAAACACAACGUACCCAGAGUUAAUAACUUAACUGAGAACCCUGGAACCUUUAAGGAUGUGUACAGGCCCACCAGCUGGAAAAAAAUUCAGUGAAGGUUCUGAAGUAAGGUGCUGUGAUCUUAGAUUUUCAAAAGGUAUAUGAAAUAAGCCAGGACUAGGAGAGAGCCUAAGUCAUUACCACUUACUUUGCCAAGCAUUUAACACAUGCUUAUCUGUGACUGUUCUCUGUGUGGCUUGGUUGGGUGGGACUUGUGAUUAAGAAAAAAUUACAUUAACCAGCAGACAUCUGCAUUAAAGCCUUAAAAGUCCAGUUGUAAAACAAAAAUAUUGCUCUCAGAUCCUGGUUUGUAUGUGAUUUCUUUUACUUUUCUUUUUGGAGAAUGUAAAAAAAUUAGUGCGAGUCUGCAAAUAAAAUGGGAAGCUUCUGUGGUACAGGGUGGCAGUAGCUCUUAAGUAUCCUGUUUAUGAAACUUAGUAAUCUCUUUUGAGCAGGGACAUAGAAUGAAAUAUGUGGCCUAUUAGAUUAGCAGGGCUGACAUGGCCCCACAGCUGCUUCUGGUGUGGGCUCCUCUGGGGCUCUUUUGGCUAUGUGAUCGCAGCAUCACUGGUCAGGCCAUCCCCAUUCUGAAUAGAUUCAAUAUUAUAACUGCUCAACAGGAAAGAAGUGCUGUUGAAAUACUGAACUGACUGCCAUGCAGCCACAUUUACAAUCUUGGCCUACAGAAAAACCCCAUGUUUCUAAGUGAAUCUCUUUGAUUGGACAUUAGAAGAAUUAAAAUAAAUGACUGUUGAUUUGUAAGAAAGGUGUAGUUACAUUCAGGAGUGGAGAGGGAUAAGCAACACAGUCAUGCAUUUCUAAAUCUGAAAAGCAAGUUAACAUUGGAAAACUUACACUGUGGAGGCUCUCCUUUCCAUUGUUGCCAGUUUUUCAUCGGUUUGUCUAAAUGGAGAGAUUUUUCUCAAUAACCUGUAACUUGAAAUAUUGAAUGCUUGCUAACUUUUGGUUACCAAAGAGUGCAGUACAAUUAUUUUUCUUUUUUGGAUCUACAUUCAGCAUUUUCAUGAUUUGGGAAGAAACUCCUAAACAAUUUAGCAGGGGCUUGGUUAAUAUUGUUGUGUAUUUUACAAUGACAGUUUUAAAAAUCUUUAAAUUUUUUAUUGUAAUAGAAAACUUAUAACUAAAAUAUCAGCUGGCAAUUUUGAUCACCAUUUUGUAAAGGACUUUAGUUUUGGAAAAGGAACUUUACAUAAUUUAAUGGUUUGUGCAGUUUUGAUAAUGUUUGUACAUAAUGGAAGUUUUUAAGAUAACUUUUGUCUCCCACCACCAGUGUUGGGAUUUUUAUGUUUUUAGACAUCAAGAAGAAGAAAAAAGAUCUAUGUAGAUAAUUUAUUUUAAUGAAAACCACUUGUUUCUCCUUUGCUCUGUUUCCAUAUUUGUUAGUAGUGUAAAUUUCAGGGGCCUUCAUUCAACUCAAGAAGGGGAUACGUACAAUGCUGUGACUCUGCAUCAAUAAACAAGGUCGCCAUUUA